GGGAAAAUGAUUUCUUAAAAAAGAGGAGUGACCCGGUCUACCGGAGCGUACGGUGCCGAUCCCGUCGCCGCCGCUACCCCUCAAUCGCGAGCAACUUCUUCCGGAUUCGCACCAAGCUCUCCACAAUUCUAUCGCUAUGCUGCGGAAGGCCGUCGUCGCCUUCAUCGCCUGCACCGCCUUCUUCCUCGCCUUCUCUGCCUACUCCCGUCGCCAGGGCGUUGCAGAGGUUCAAUUACCAGCAGUUACUCACAGGGUCUACCUAGAUGUAGAAAUUGAUGGCCAACACAUAGGUAGAAUUGUUAUUGGUCUCUAUGGGGAGGUCGUUCCAAAAACAGUUGAAAACUUUAGGGCUCUUUGUACAGGUGAAAAAGGUGUCGGGUCCAAUGGCAAACCUCUUCACUAUAAGGGAACACCAUUCCAUCGUAUUAUCCCUGGCUUCAUGAUUCAGGGCGGUGACAUAGUUAGAGGCGACGGUAAAGGGAGUGAGUCUAUAUAUGGAGGCAUCUUCCCAGAUGAGAAUUUCACUGUAAAACAUACACAUCCAGGGGUUGUUGCUAUGGCGAAUUCUGGACUUGAUUCUAAUGGAUCUCAGUUUUACAUAACUACUAUCAAGACAAGCUGGUUGGAUGGGGAGCAUGUUGUCUUCGGCAGGGUGAUCCAAGGAAUGGAUACCGUGUACGCCAUAGAAGGGGGCGCUGGGACUUACAAUGGCAAGCCAAGGAAGAAGGCGGUGAUCACCGACGCUGGUGAGAUACCCAAGGAGAAAUGGGGUGAUCAGGAAGCGUAGGGUGUUUUCUACUUCUUGUCACCUUCAAAUCAGGUAGCCAUGUACUUCUUUUUUCCUUGACCUCCAUGGUGUGCCACGGUUCAGCAAGACUUCCGGAAUGUUGUAUAUCGUAGCUAGCUUAUGGCCAGUCGAAUUGACUCUGAUCCCUUGAGUUGUGAUGUGGAGACGCAUACAUCUGAAAAAUCUUUAGGCCAUGUUCGGUUAGGGUGGAGUGAAGGGGAUUAAGUUUCCUUCCAUUCAAAUUUGAAUUUAAAUUUCAAU